AUGGCCCUGGGGCUUUUUCUUCUAAACCUGGCCGUUGCCGGCUCUGCGGCGGCAUCCGCGGCCUCUCCGACUGUUUUUAUUGAUACCUACACAAGCACCAUCCAGGGCAACCGGUCCCAGUAUAUCAACUCCGUCUACAACUUCAAGGCCAUUCCGUUUGCAUCGGCACCGACGGGUGAGUGGCGAUGGCAUCACCCGCAGCACGUCAAGGCCUGGACAGGUAUCCGCGACGCGACGGUCUUUGCGCCGGACUGCCCACAGCCCGGACUGGACAAUACCAGCGAGGACUGUCUCUAUCUCAACAUAUGGACCCCCGACACCGCAACCCUGAACAAUGUGGUCAACAACUCGGUCACUGGCAUUGGCGUCGUGCCUGCCGAGACGGCUAGCAAGUACCCGGUCUACGUGUGGAUGCACGGCGGCCGCUUCUCCUCAGGGGCUGCGAGUGACCCGCUGUACGAUGGCGCCGGGCUGGCGUCCAAGGGUGUUGUCGUUAUCACCAUCAACUACCGACUCGGCGCUCUGGGCUUCCUGGCGCACCCGGAAUUGAGCGCAAACUCCACCAGCGGCACCUCUGGUAACUACGGGCUGAUCGACCAGCAGGCGUCCCUCCACUGGAUCAACGAGAACAUCGCCUCCUUCGGCGGAGACCCCACUCGCAUCACCAUCGGGGGACAGUCUGCUGGCGCAGCCUCGGUCCUCGAUUACCUCAACAGCGUGCUUGCCGAUGACCUCUUCACCCAGGUGAUCGCGGAGAGCGGGGCCAUCUACCCCUCGAACCCACUGAUCGGCAGCCUCGCCGAGAGCUAUCGCCGCCUAUCUGAGGCGGAGACGCAAGGGGUCGCCUUCCUCGAGAGCCUAGGCCUGAACAGCAUCGCCGAGGCGCGCGAUGCAUCGGUGGAGCUGCUACUGAAAGGCAGCGACCUGAACGACAACACCUACGCCGGCACCGUCUUCCAAAACAGCUCCAUCUACUCCGAGCCACCUCUCUUCCGCCCCGUGUUGGACGGCUAUGUCCUCCCAGCCACGUACCACGAGAUGCUGCUACGCGGCAACCACUCCAUCGCGCCCGUCCUAACCGGCGGCAACCGCGACGAGAACGGAGCCAGCCCCAACCCCGGCCUGACCCCCAGCAGCUACCUCGCCCAGAACAAGCAGAUCUUCGGCAGUGUCGGUCUAGCAGAGGAGUUCUUCGCCCUGUACCCCCGGGGCAACAGCAGCGCCAGCGCCGAUGCAGCCAGCAACGCCUUCUACCAGGACCAAACCCGCAUCUCCAGCUGGCUCUGGGCCAACGAAUACGCCACCGGCUCCGCGCGCAACACCUCCGGCAACGGGACCUACCAGACCUACACCUACUACUGGACGCACUCCCCGCCGGGCCAGGACGAAGGCGCCUACCACGGCAGCGAAAUCAACUACGCUUUCAACAACCUGUACGCUACGGACAAGCCCUGGGCCGCCGCGGACUACGCUAUUGCGGACAAGCUGUCCGACUACUGGGCGAAUUUCAUCCGGUCCGGGAACCCGAAUGGGGACGGCCUGCAAGAGUGGCCGGUCAAUAGCGCGGAGAGCCCGGUCGUCUUGGAGGUUGGUGAUUCGUGGAAGACGGUGGCGGUGGCUAGCCAGGAGAAAAUUGCGUUUUUGAAAAAGUGGUUUGAAAAGUGGACUGCUUAUUAGUGUGUCUAUCGCA